CAGACCACGUGUUUCUGUGAAAACGUCAGUGUUCUGAAAUCUUCUUCACAUCGCCAAAACAUUAAUAUUGUUUUCAUCAGAUCCCCAUCUUUUUCCUAGUAACGGCGUUUUCUGUUCGACUCUAACUCUUGUCUUUCUCUGCUUUGACGACGCACGCAAGGCUGUAGCCAAAAAGGGAGAACUGAAGUCUAAAUAAAAAGAAGUUGAGAAGAAAGAUAGAAGGAAGGGCUGAAGAAGACAGUAUUAUCGAGAGGAUAAAUUUAGCUUCUUCAAACUGCAGCAAAACCGUUAUUGGAUGCCUGGAGAAUGGCCUUCUGAACACUUAACACUUUCUUGAUUCUGCCACUUCUCACACGACAAACACGACGAUUCACGACAUCAACCCUACCACUGACAAUCGAACAAUGGCUUCAACGUCCCCCACAUUCUCUACAUCCCCGCCAUUGUCUCCCUCUCCACCGUCGCUCCCUCCAAUAUCCUCAUCUGAUGACUACGAAUCAUUGGCCGACUCUCUAACCAUUCCAUUAUCUUCUAUGGACUCUUCUACUCAUUCUCCUCCUCUUCCUCUUCCUCUUCCUCCUGCUUAUACAACAGAUACGCAGGAAACUUUUGACAAGGACGAUGUAGAGCUUGAUCUUGAUCCAGGCUUACCUGCUCUUCCUCCAGGGCUCGGCGGGUUUGGAACUUCUGCAGGAGCCACAGAACAGUUACCAGAACAGUCAGGGACACCUUUACGUAUCUUGGUACCUAUUCCGACCGUAUCGUCUGCAGCGGACUCUAUCUCGUUCGCUUUCCCAGAUCCCACUGCCACAAUGGAUGGCGAGCUCUCUAUCCUCUCCAAACCACUCCCUCAGGAAUCUGAAGCAGACGUUGUCAUUGCUCCCGAUUCAACCUACGUCGAGACUUCCUCGGCGCCUUGGGCUAUGGAACUCAAGCGGCGCUAUGACACCUUGUACGGCGUCAACGUCAUAGUCAGAUCACCUUAUGCGAUUACAGCGUUUGUCGGACAGCAUGGACAGAAACGAUAUCGGAUUGGUCCACCUCCUCGUGCUUCACUCUUCUCCAGCCACCGAGAACUCUCCGCCCCAGGCGCAACAGCAGCCGCAGCCGAGGACAUUCUCGUCCUCUCUAAUCUUUCCAAGCAAUCCAAAUCUCCUCCACCACAGACCUCACCUCAAUCAUCCAAAGUGGGAAUCGGAGUCGGCGGAGGAAGAUCCAAGUCGAAUAGCAUCAGAUCUCCAUCCGGGUCUAUCACUAAACCGGCCUCCAAGGCAUCGUUGAACAGCUUAGAAAUAUCUUCAUCUCGACCCUCGCACAAAUCCCAAUCGUUUUCCCGAGCAUCGAAAAGCGGUAAACGACAUUCGAGGGGGAGGAUCAGUAUCAAUGCAUUGCUUGGAUCUGGGUCCGCUUCUAGUCCGUCGACUAGUGCGGUUGGCAGUACUCCUCGAAAACUCAAAAAACCACGAUCGAAUCCGGAUUUGAGCUUGUCGAGUCCUUCAGGGGACCCAGGGUAUGGAUAUUCCGGUUACGGAUACACCUACGGCUACGGGCAGCACCCUCCCUCGGCGUAUAACUCAACGGGUACCACCGUAUUUGGAGGAAGGAUGCAUUCCCUUAGUGUUACAGCUACAGAUAUGCCACACGUAGUUGGAAUCGAUCCAGCUAAUCCACCUUUAAUUCCUAGCUCCAGUCUAUUUCCCAACCCGACUCAUAUAACCACUCCUCCCACAAAACUUCCGGAACGUAAGGGAGACUCAUUUGGAGAAAUUAUGGGGUGGAGGAAUCAUCUCAUCCCCUCCCACAUGUCUGGUACCUUGAGUGGUUUCAGUACCAGUGCACCAUCUACAGGUUAUGUGGCUCACAGUACGCAUAACUUGUUCUUUGAACCUAGAGUUGGGAAUAUGCACGCGAUUGAUCCAGCUCAUGCUAAAUCCGUCAGUACGACUGCCAUCAAUGAUUCGGGUUUGCCUUUGAGUUCUGCCACAGGCUCAGGCUUUGUGCCUCGUCCGUUCGGCCCCGGCGUUCAUUUCGAAACCCCGGCUAUAUUGCGUUCUAACCAUUCUCACCGUUCUACACAUCACGAAGGAAAACCGAUGAAUGAAUCUUUCCGAGCUAGUACUCGUUCCCGUUCUGGUUCUGGUUCCGAAUCCGGUUCAGGAUAUGAGUCUGGUUCAACAUCAGAGCGUGAUCUCGAAUCUGAUCCAGAGGAUCCUGAAUCGGAAACAGAAUCUGAUUAUGGGAGGUUUCUUAAGGUUCAAAAUUCGCCUUGGGCACACAGGCGCCUGAAAGAAAUGCAGAGCUUCGAGAGCGGGUUGACUGCGACGCCGCUCCCGCCUGUUACACCUACCUUGGCCGGGACUUCUGUGGCAUCUGCAUCCAAUACUCCAAGAACGAAUAGUUCAACAACGACCAGACUCGAAGUAGAUUUAGGCGAUGACAUUAACCUGAACCUUGGGGAGAUCGUAAAUAUCGUUGACAUGGCGUUGAGUGAGAAUACGGGUCAGAAGGUGAUCGGGAGGCAAAGAAGUGCGAUAAAGCUGGUGGAUCGAGAUCGUGAGAGGGAAAAAAUGGUCAAAGCUCGUAUAUUAGAGACUAUCGAAGCGGAAGCCGCUGAUACGCCCAACUUGACGAGCGCUUCUGCGUCGGUCUCAGGCUCACAGUCGGAUGCCGCGUCCUAUCCACUCUCUGAAGAUGGCUUUUCUCAAGAGACGGUGUCUCCUUCCUCCCCCCUACAUGAUCAGUAUCCAAAUUCAAGCCCUCAGACACACAGUUCCAACCUUGAACCAAGUGAUGAUACCACACACUCUCUAAUCAAUGACAUUCAUAAAGUUCCUGACUCCGGUGUCAACGACAUUGAAAGUCGAAGCCAACCUGACUUUUCUACGCCACAGACACCACAAACUCCCAGAGUACAAAUGUAUUCUCCCUCAGGCCUUCCACCUCGCCUGGCCAAAUUCGCAACAUACUCAACUGAAAUAUUUGAUGUUUUACAAACUUCACGUGGAUUGCCUCGCCUCGACCUUCUUGAUCUCCGUGUUAGCGAUCAAGAAGACGAUGUUGAUAUAACAAUUAGCAAUGACAGUACAGAUGAUGAUUCUAACAGGCGUUCGUCGUCCAGGUCGUCUUCUCGGCGUACGCCUUUACCGGAAACCGUUCCGGUGAAGCUGAGUCUCAGUCAGGAUGGGAGCGCUGCGCCGAAAGAUGAUCCAAGAUUUGUUAUCUGGGGGGAGGUUACGCCGUCGGAAACAAGUGGACUCACAGGCUGUGAUGCAUCGUCGGUGUCCCAUGAAAGCUCGACUAGCACUAACAGCAGUAUGAGCAUUUCACUUGGUGUGAAAGGGAAGGGUCGAGCUUCGGACUUCCAAUUCACGGUUGGCCACGGUGUCAACGGUUCUGCCAGUGCUACCCUUAGUGAAGACGGAUCUGGAAAAACCCGCGUACUAUUGGCAGCGACCAUUGAACGAUGGCUUGCACAGCUAACUUCGGAUUUGGAUUAUGACGAGCUGCUGAACUUUUUCUUGACAUAUAGGACGUACAUUAGUGCGUUGGAUCUAGCGAGACUCUUGAUGACGAGAUUUUGUUGGGCUUUGGGUAGGAGCAUCGCUGUCUCGUCGCUAUCAAACACGGGUACUUCUUCUCAUUCAUUUUCGCCAUUUUCCCCGCCGACCACAGCAUCGACCUCCUCGACAGCGACGGUCAAACCCGAGGGUUCUUCCUUCACGACGGCGACUAUCGCUUCAACCGCUAUUAAUACUUCGAUCGAUGACGAUGUAGUCCGCCGAAUUGUUCGUGUGCGCACAUUCGUCGCCUUCAAGUAUUGGCUCAUCACGUUUUUUACGGUGGAUUUUGUACCUAAUAGAGAGUUGAGGCUUUACGUGGCGAAUCAUUUGAAUGAUUUGGCGAAGGAGUUGGGGGACUUGGGGAGGGAAGCUGAGUUGGCGGGUACAGAGAUGGGGAAAGAGGGCAGGGAAAUGAAGGAGAUGGAGAUGGGCAUGAGUAGAGGAGCUAUCGUAGAUGGGGUGAGCAUUGUGAAGAAGCUGAAGAACGUGGCUAAAGAUUGCAAGAAGCUGUACACACGUAACAACACUGUUGCUUCCAGCAGUCGAACUCAAAACUCUAACAAGAAUAGCCAGCCUCCUUCGGACUCACGAAAGGAUGUCAGGAGUGAAGAAUCGAACAGAACAGGAAAAGAGAACUUAUUUGGUGAAAAUUUCGCUGAAGCUACUCGGAAACUCUCCGCUGCCUCCGCUCUUACUAUCCUUGAUACGGACGACUCCGACGUUGAUUUGGAUUUCAUAGACGAACCAUCCUCUACCUCCUCACCCUACUCAGGUGUUUAUGGAAAGACCCCGGUGAACAACGUUCACCUCGGCGGCGCUUCGACGUUGAAUCUGUCGACAGCGAUAUCACCGCCAGGACCGGGAUCGAUUCCAUUAUCUUCGUUCUCGAUAUUGCAGCGUACGGAUCAUGCGCCUGGUCCUGAAUUUUCUUCGGGCCCGAUGUAUAGCUCUUCCAUGAAUGCAAAUGCGACAACAAUACCGCAUAAUGCACUCUCAAGGGUGUUGGUGAAAACUCUGGGGAGACUUGGCCGUUGGAAGAGAGUACUCAAUAGUGGUGGCGUCGCUCAUGGAGUCAGCAUGCAUCGGUCAAUGACCACUGGUGGACUGGGGAAGCCUCAUAUAGGCGGUGGGUUUUCGAGGAUGGCAACCGCGUGCGCUGAUGUAUCAGCAUUUGAUGUUGAGUUAACGGUCGAUUCUAGUGAUUUGUUGAGUUCAAGUGGAGGGGUUGAGAGUUAUCUGAGGCUGGUGGAGGGUCAGAGUUCACAGGUGCCGAGGAACUAUUUGCAUACACCUUCGGCGGCGUUGAAGUUAGCAAAGGCGUCGUCAGAGUCCCCAAUAGCGACUCCCUCUGCGACUUCGGCUACAACCCCCUCCCCAGUUACUCCGACCCUUCUCAACUCCGGUUCGAAAACCCCCAACCGGCACUCCUUUACUGAUUCCCUGAACGAAGCCCACCUGCCUUCCUCAGCGCUCCCAAGGUCCGCGCCUGAUGAUCAUAUUAUGUCCCUCCCGGCAUCCGACCAAUCGUCAGAGCCUCCAGAGGCUUCUCAAAAUCGUGACUCUAUCGCCGAAACAGAAUCCGAUUACGGGGCCGUAACCAAUGUUCAUGAAUUGCGCGAUAGCCUCAUUCCGUCACCCCGAGCGAAUGAGGAGUCAUUCAACGAUGUUUCACAGGGUCGCGAGUCGCGUGCCACCCGACGCUCGUCCCGAACCUCCUCCACCGGUUCUUUCGGUGAACCUCUCUCAGCUAGCCGUGCGUCUGCAAGAUUUCCGGCAUUUACUUCUCCAUGGCAAUUUGACGUCGUCUCAUUGGACGAUCUUUCUGAUAACUCAUCCGAUGAGCAUGAUAAUGCGAACCGCUCGCGUGAUGCGCCCGGUGAUUUGCCUGGUUUACGCCGUCCUCCACGCAGGUUACCCCUUCGCCGAGAGUUUGAGUUUCUCGAGCGACCUGAAACUGUGUCUUCAAUGGGUAUCAUCUCACGCUCCUCCAUCGUAUCGGCUAGCUCAGCAUCUGGACAGUCGACUGCGUCCCAUACAUCUUCUUCGUCUGCCGCCGGCGGAUUAGGCGCAGGGAUCCAGCAGUGGCAAAUGAACGCACUUAAAGAUUCGUUGAUGGAUGAUGAGGAACCGGGAGAUGUAGACGAAGCCCUGAAACGACUUGAAGGGCAAAUCAAUCCCCAAAAACGGUUGGAAAAAGCAAGCAAGGUCAAUGGGUGGGUGAAGACAAUACGUGAAAGAUUAGCUGCGGGUGAUUAUAGUGACGAAGAGCCGAUGUACUCUGAUGAUGAUGACGACGACGCUGAAGUUGAACCACACGAAGGAUCAGAGGACUCUUUUUCGCGGAGUGCUCAAGGUACGGAAUCGACGUCUGCUACGAUGCUCGCUUCCACAGACAUUCCUCCUCCUGAUGCGGAUUCUGUAACUGCCACAACUCCUGUGGUCGAGCAGAUAGAUCAAGUGGCUUCCCCUGCUCGUUCAACCGAUUCAAAACCUGCUGUUGAGGACGCCGUCCCGUUAGAAAUUCGUCAAAGCCGCCUCUCUUCUGAAUUGCCUUCUGUGACUCCUGAAAGGAUAUCCAAGUUUGUUGAUCCCUCCAUCGGGCCCAAAGUAGCUCAUCGGUCAUUCGUCCUGCUCUUCAAAGCGGAGGAUCUUGCGCAACACUUUGCUAUGAUUGACCGAGAACUGUUUAUGACAAUCAAGUUCGAGGAGCUUCUAUUAGAAGAUUGGAUGUAUUGCGAGGAAGUGGAUACGCUGGAUUGGGCACAGUUCCUCAAGGAUAGGGCCAGAUGGAAAGCCGAAGCAAGAUUACCUGAAAAAACUAGUGCUCUUGGAGCUGUAAGGGCUCGGUUCAAUUUGAUGGUGAAUUUCACUGUAUCGGAGAUCGUGCUCACGAAUCAAGCCGAACGUUUGUAUGUCUUCUCUAAGUUCCUACGGAUAGCCUGGAAAUCAUAUCAACGAAAUAGCUUUAACACCCUUGUUGCUAUCAUGACUGGUCUUCAGAGUAGUUGGGUCACUAGGGCGAUGCGUAGAUCGAUGAACAAGUUAUCCAUAUGGGAUAAAAGGAUGUUGGCCGACUUAAAACUUUUCACUUCUAGGGAAGAUAAUUUCCGACAUAUACGCUGUGCUGUUGAUGCUAUCAACGACGCUAAGCCUUUUGAGGCAACUUCACUUGCGUCUUCUGUCGUGAGCGCUGUUGCUGAUUCUGUAAAUGAUCAACCCACGCCAUCUGCUUGUAUACCUUUCGUCGGUACCUAUCUCUCCCAACUCUACCAGCAUAACCAGCUCCCAGUUCUGGUCGACCCCACAGCACCCAACGAAGUCGUCAUGGUGGACCCGGUCUCUCCCAAUUUCAGCUCACCUGCCCAUCCCGAAGUCUUUUCGACACUCGCCCCUCUUCCGUCAUCUAUGCAUCUCGAACCCCUCAUCAAUGUACAUCGGCAGCGUUUGAUAGCUGCAGUCAUCAAGUCACUAGUAGCCGGCCAACACCUCGCGAGUCGUGCACAGUUCCCCAUUGAUAAGAAGCUGUUCCAUAAGUGUUUACGAAUCCGUGGCCUUGAUUCAAAUACAUUACAUCGAGCGUUGGCGCUCAAAUCUCCCUGACUAUGAUGAAUAUAGCGUCUCAAAUGCAUUGGACGAAAACUUGAAGUACAACCACUGAAAUGAAGAUAUUUAUUCAUCUUGUUUUUAUGCACCAUCUUACGUUUUUCAUGUCAUUGGCAUUGUUUUCUUUUUCGCAACAUCUGUCGGUAGCUUUCCUUUCUUUGCUUUAUACUAUAUACAUACUUACAUAGAGGAAAUUAUACAUAGGCUGUUUUUACUUGUCUUGCUACAUAUAUAUUGUAGCACCCAAAUGCAACGCGUUAUCGGAAUC